CGAGAGUCAUCCUCCAUGGAAAGCGACCGUGACUCCACAUCCUCAGCUAUGACAAGUCUUCAGGGAGAAGCAUCCAAUGAAGAUGCAGGUAGUAGCCAGCCACCUUCAAAAAGAACUCGAGCUACUUCGACAGCCGAACCCACCGAGGAAAUCUCAUCUGCGCCAGCAACAUCCUCGAAACGUAUAAGAAUGACAAUGGCAUGUGAACGAUGCAGGACCAAAAAAGUAAAAUGCGAUUUCGCUCAUCCAGUGUGUACUAGGUGCAAAGCAGCAGGAGUGCAAUGCUGCUACGGAGGCAAAGAAACUCAGAUUGACCUUUUCAAUCUGAUUCGGUUGAAUGAUACGGUGGAGUCGUUGCAAGAGCGGGUACGAUCCAUUGAGUCGAAUCUUACAGAUAUACGGUCCAAUACUCAAAUUGUAGUUGAUGAGGUCAGGAUCAAACAUGAAAAUCUCGAUCAUGCUGAACGAGAACAACAACGCACCGUUGAGCAUCCAGCGAAUAUGCUACCUGAAAGCUCGAAAAUCGUCAAAAGUAGGCCAGUUGUUUCAGAUCGCCCAUCGUUGGCCGACCAGAUGGCCAUGCGACUGCCCGCACCAAAAUCAAAUUGGAAACUUUCUUUAACACAUUCUGGGUUACGGAUUGACACCGACAUAUUAUCCAUGAGCGAUCUUUAUGACAUUCUCUUUACCGGCAUGCGCAGUCGAGGCUCUAUGGAUGAAAUUGAUCAUGAAGUUGCGUCGCCCGGAUCAUCAUCAGAAAGUUCCAAAACAUCCCUAGAGCAUACAGUGGUCGCUAAGUCACAUCCGCUCUGGAAGAGCAAGACCAAAACAUUCCCUCUCUAUAGUAUGUGGGAACCAGCAACUCAUAGCGAGACCAAAAUGCUUGAUUCAAAUGAGUCCUUCACGCCUGCUUUACUAGAGCAAUUAAUCGACAUUCACCAUGAAUGCUUUCUAUGCUUUCCUAUGGUCGACAUUCUCGAAUUUAAAGAGUUAUUCAGCAGUAAUCGAGCUGACCCUCUUUUGGUCAACGCUAUUCUCGCCUGGUCAGCAAGACACGCCGCCAUAUACCAUGGGCUUUUUCCCGGAAAGGACCCCAACUCGGUCGGUGAAGAAUUUUUUGAAAUAUCCAAAAAUAUUUUGAAGGAACGAUUUUCAAAAGCCACCGAAGUCAACAUGCAGGGAUUGCUGAUCAUGUAUGUCUAUUGUAUUGGCAAAGGUGGACCUAAAAAGGCAGAGUAUGAGUCAGAAGCGUACUUGUAUCUAGGCAUGGCCAUACGCAUGUGCUUAGACAUGCGAAUGCACAUGGAACAUCCUGGUCAAAACCGUGUGCACGCGGAAAAGCGAAGACGUCUCUUUUGGCUGUGUUUCUUUUUGGAAACCUUAUGCUCAGCUCACUCAGAUAAGCCAUUCUCCUUUCCGGAAGAUCAAACGCAUGUUGUCGAAGCCAUAGACACAUUGCCAAGCGAAACGGAUGAAUGCUACUUUCGGGUUCAAUUCACCAAACACCGAUUCAAAAUCACACAAAUUUAUCGAGAAAUCGCCAUUGCUUUAGAAAAGAAAGACCCUUAUUUUUCCAGAGUGACACAACUCGACAAGAAACUCACUGAAUGGUUUCAUCAAUUACCGGAUUUCUUUCGAUAUCAAAAGGGGGAUCUGUCAAAAAGGCAAUGGAAAAGCACAUCGUUCCGAGAACAAGGGUGCAUCAAGUUGAAUAUCGAGAUGAACUUUCAACUCUGUCAAUUGUAUAGUGCAUUUAUGGAACCUCCAGGAGAGACCAAUUCGGCCGUAGGACUGAUUGCUGAGCAAAACUGUGUACGCGCUGCCGAUACGAUUGUCGAACUGUUGGAAUGCUUUAGUAUGCUGGAACAACGAUGGUGCCACUUUACGCUGGAGAAUCUGAUGAUGGUCACAUCGAUAUACUCGAUGCUUUUACUUAAAAACGAACAGGACACUGUUCAAUCGGCCAAGCAUCAUUUACGUAAAAUCGUUACCAUACUCAUGAACGCACCGGUCAGACAGCAAAAGCAAGUAGUGAAUUUGAUCCAACAAAUACAACAAUUGCUGCUGCAAAAUGGUGAUCAUAACACCACCUCCACCCCUCCUCAAUCCGACAUGGCUACCACCGCGACAUCCAGAGCUUCUCAUGAUUCAACGCCCCCUCCCAGAGCACCAUCCACCACCGUCAUUAAUUAUCCCGACAAUCACGAAGCUGUCGUCAACUAUAAUGUAUUACCACUCUCCAACCCUAAUCAUACGUAUUCACCACCACAAAUAGCAUCCACAGCAACUCCACUGGCCAUUCACUCGGAGUCCAUGCCACCACCGUUUGAGAUGCCUACUCAUUUGACGGCUGGCGACUUGUUUCAAUUUACAGAUUUUGUGUAUACCCCGACGUUAAUGGAUUACGACCCCAUGGAAGAAUAUCGUCAACAGGAUCAGUCCAGAAACAUGCGUGUGCCACAACUACGGAGACCUUCGUACCAAGAAUUUGUAGAUAACAGAAUGGGUAGUUACAAUGGAGGCACUCCAGAUCAAUAUAUGGGCCCUUCCUUUGUAUACUAUUCCGAUAAAUAAAAAUGUAUUUUGGGGUGAGCUGAGUCUCUCCCCCGAAACCCCGCGCUUUCAUCUUCUCUUAGGUCCCAGCUAACUGGUUUACAU